CUAGUUCUAGAAUAUGUGCCGAACGGGGAACUGUUCUGCAAACUGACUUAUUUCCCCUUGGACUUAUUCGGAUAUAUCUAGCGGAAAUCGCACUGGCUAUUGACUUUCUCCACAAUGCUGGUGUAAUUUAUCGUGACGUUAAGCCGGAAAACAUUCUGCUGACUGCCGAUUUCCACAUAAAACUAACUGAUUUCGGGCUUAGCAAGUGGCUGCGCUUGGGUGCAACUACGCGAACAAUGUGCGGCACUUUCCAAUAUAUGGGUACGAUUUAAAGAAAAAUUAAUCAACCACAAAUAACCAUACCUUUAAGAAUACAUUAAAAGUGUCCAGUCAUACCGUGGCAUACGGCAACUAUUUAAAAAGUAACAACUAAAAGAAAAUGUUAUUUAACAGACAACCAAAUAAGCAAAUCGAUUUCUGAAAACGCAAAUUUGUGCAAAAAACAAUCAACUAAAAUAGACUAUUUUUAGAUCAGGCGAAUAAUAGCACCCAGCACUAACAAAAAAAAAAAACCCCAAAACUAUCACCGCAUUCGAAAUAUCAAAACAAAUUUUCGUUAAGUUGAAAAGAAUUCCCGUAACAACUAUUUAAAGAGCAAAACUGUAAAAAUAUUAAAUUGUAUUCUGAAAUUUCCUCACGCACUUUAUUAAUAUUUAAGCGCUUAAGAUAGUGUUAAGAUAUUCAUUUUGAUUGUUGCGUCAAAAUUUCAUAAACUUCAAUUCAACAAACUGCUGCCUCAGCUCAAGGUAAUUUCACACGCCUCCUAAUUCGAAAAUGAAUGCCCGCUCGCAGGUCUUUGACCUCACUAUCGAGGGUCGUCAAGUAGACGAGGCUGUUGCCAGCAUCUUUCAUACGGUGCUUUUUCAUCGCUGCCAAGGAAAGUAUAUGUAUACGGGGGAUGCUCAAUAUUCUAUCGGCACAAUCGGCUACACCGAUGUGGACUGCGACUUCAUUGACUUCACCUAUGUGUGCUGCACCUCCGACAGUCUGCUGCGCACCGUCAAACGAGCUAUCAACGUGUUCAGUGAGAAAUUGCGUUCGAACGAAAGCUGCGGCUCAGGCCAAAUAAGUUUAGAAUUUUUUCAAAAGCGUAAAUCACGCUGGCUGUUCCAACAGGAAUGCAUACCCUGGGAAGUGUGGACUGUUCAUUUAGAUCUCAUCAAAUACGAAAACGAAGACGAUCGCCAGCUCAGCCGUGAGAAUGUCUCAGAUUUACUAACUGAAAAAGUGAUAUAUAUUACGGAGCUCAUGAAUCGAUCGGAUUAUGUACCGAAGACACCGAGCCAAAGUGAGCUGGAUCUCAUUUUUGACACUUCGUAUCCCGAUGUUCAGCCGUAUUUGUUUAAAUUUGAUUACUCGACUGCAGGCUCCCAGACACCGUCGGUCACCAACGCUGUUAAAAAGAUUUUCAAGGAGACAUUUACGUUGUGACGUGUGGUGGUCGCGAGUGAGCGCAGCCACCGCCAACAACCACAACAACAAGAGCAGCAGCAGCAAUCAUUGAAGAAAAAUAUCGUGAAACUACAGCCUGUGUGUGCUAAGGAUACGAUUGUUGUAGCGAGUGGAAAGUACUUCAGUGGUGGCACAAGUAUUAUGAUUUCUCAACAUGCCGAGCGCGCAGUAGUUCAACAAUUGUCGGCGAUGCAAAUGAGCUGCAAGCACCGCACCAGUCCUCCACCUAUGUCGGUGAUAAGGUUGGCGAGCGAAAAUCAAUUUUGGCUGUUUUGGGCGGUUUGAUUUUGUUAUUCUUGUGUAAGCAUAAUCGCCUCGGGCCAUUUUAAUUGGACUCAAUUAACCACUGCACACAAUACAAUGCAUAUUCAAGCAUAUGGAUACUAUAUUUAGUUGCUAACCCUAAUUUUAAUGUUAAUUGUUUACGGCUGUAUUUAUUGGCACACUGAAGAAACCGAAAAAGAAACCAACGUCAAGAGGCACUCAGUUUAUGAAGAGUAAAUAAAUUAGAAUAAAUAAUUGUCUACAAUCUGACUAAAUACAAAAUUCUACAACAGAAUGGCUACCAUCGCAUCUUAAA